AUUGAUAUGUCACAUGCGUUUAAAGGGACAUUGUUCAUGUGUAUAUAUAAAAACUUAAUUUUUCUCACUUCUUAUGCACUUAUAUCCGAAACGAUAACAAAUUCACUACACAACCGCAACCGCAGACAAUUUAUUUUCCAACUAUCAGAUUGAGACUUUUAAUAAAGAGGGGAAAAUAAUUUAUUUUAAGAAUCAUGUCUGACAAGAAGAGUGUUUUAAUGAUUUGUUUAGGCAAUAUAUGCCGUUCUCCGAUAGCGGAAGCAGUAUUCGAUGAUUAUAUUAAAAAAAAUAAUUUAGAGGAUAAAUGGGAGGUAAAGAGUGCGGCAUUAAUUGGUUAUCAUACUGGUAAAAGUCCUGAUAAACGUGCAAUGACAACACUCAAAGAAAAGGGAAUUACAACUUAUUCUCAUGCAGCAAGACCUAUAAAAAAAGAGGAUUUUGUAAAUUUUGAUUGGAUUUUUGGUAUGGAUGAAGAAAAUAUGGAAGAAUUGGAUAGAAUGAAACCAAAAAAUUCUAAAGCAAAAAUUGAACUUCUUGGAAAAUAUGAUCCACAGGGAGAAAUAAUUAUAAGAGAUCCUUAUUAUGAUAAUGGUCGAGCUGGUUUUGAAAAAGCAUUCGAACAAUGUACAAGAAGUGUUGAGGCAUUUUUUAACAAACAUAAAUUAUGAUGAUUUUAUUUAAAUUUCUUAAUAAAUAAUUUAAAUAUUUGUUUUUCAUUGAA